UGGCGUGUUUAGAAUGGCUAUAAAUAGCCUCGAUUGACUUCCGUGUUUUAUUUGGUAAAUUAUAUUGUUUUAAGACAACAAAAUGAAGAGUCUUAUUACGUUGCUAUUUGUACCAACAGCGUUAUGUUUUGGAGGGAUUGGAAUGAUGCCGGGGGGAACUGUACCGGCUGAUGUGAACAGUCCUGAAAUUACGAGCGCUGCCAGCACAGCCUUGUCAACACUGAACUCCGAGGAAAACAGCAACCGAGUGUUGGUGAAAGUGAUCAGCGCCCAAACACAGGUUGUAUCUGGUGCUAAGUACUACCUUGACCUCCUAGUUCGUGAUGGAACUACAGUAGAAAAGUGCCACCUGGAACUUUGGUCCCAACCUUGGUUGAACCACUAUGAACUGCUUGUAAAAAAUUGUCACGUAAUCUCCAAACGAGCUGUCGGCAGCCACAUGUUGGGUGCGCUGGAGCCGAGUCAGCUCAAUGGAGAUGUCCAGAGAGCUGUUCUUUUUGCUGUUGAUGCUCUCAAUGGCAAGUCCAACUCACUAUUCCGAUCAGUUGUGAAAACUGUUAGCCAUGUUCAUCGACAGAUUGUUGCUGGGGUCAAAUUUGUGUUCACUAUGAAUAUGGUAGAGACCUCGUGCAGGAAUAAUAAUCAGAACACGGCGAAGGGACUGUCUGAAUGUCCGGCCACUAAUGGAGGCAUGAAUCAACACUGCCAAGUGGAAGUUCUGUACCAAGCCUGGAUGACUCCACACUACACUCUUCUAAAAGAUCACUGCAGGAAUGCUGACAAGCUUGAAGGUCCUUCAAGAAUAGACACAACUAAGCUGAAUAGUCCAUUACCAGAUAUGCUAGACAUCCUCCCACCACUUCUUCCCAAUGCUGGAGUAAAGCAGCCAGAGAGAGGACGUGAGGGUGGACAGAAACUCUUUGGGAGUGAUCUCCAUGACUACUGCCAUGAUCAGGUCGGACCAUUUAAGGAGUUCCAGAUGAAGUAUGACAAAGUCUACACUGAUAAAAUGGAGCAUGAAAAAAGGUUUUACAUCUUCUGUAUGAACAUGAGAAAGGUGAGAAAACUCAACGAGUCAGAGAAGGGGACUGCUGUGUAUGGAGCGACAAUGUUCGCUGAUCUUACAGAUGCUGAAUUUCAGGCCUACAAGAGCAAACCCUGGGACGAGAUAACUAACCAUGGCAAGGAUAUCUUGAAGCCGGCUCGUAUCCCUGAUGUUGACAUUCCUGAAUCCUUUGAUUGGAGAAAGCACAAUGCUGUGACAGCUGUAAAGAAUCAGGGUUCAUGUGGAUCUUGCUGGGCCUUCUCCACAACUGGAAACAUUGAAGGCCAGUGGGCCAUACACAAACAGAAACUGUUGUCACUCUCUGAACAAGAACUUGUCGACUGUGACAAAUUGGAUGACGGCUGUGGUGGAGGAUUACCGUCCAAUGCAUACAAAGCCAUCAUGAAGCUAGGCGGCCUUGAGUCUGAGAAAGCGUACAAGUAUGAAGGUGAUGAUGAGAAGUGUAUUUUUAACAAGACCAAGGUCGUCGUCAAAAUCAAUGGUGCUGUUAACAUCUCCAGCAAUGAGAAAGACAUGGCUGCCUGGCUAGUAAAGAAUGGGCCCAUUUCUAUUGGUAUCAAUGCCAAUGGAAUGCAGUUUUACAUGGGAGGCAUUUCUCAUCCAUGGAGAAUUUUCUGUAACCCAGCACACUUGGAUCAUGGAGUCCUCAUUGUGGGAUAUGGUGUUGAAGGAAGUGAGCCAUUUUGGAUAAUUAAGAACAGUUGGGGUCCAAGUUGGGGUGAAGAGGGCUACUACAGAGUGUACCGAGGCGCUGGUGUUUGUGGAUUGAAUACAAUGUGUACGUCUGCAGUGGUCAACUGAUCUAUACAUUGGUGUUCUUUACAGACCUUACAUUGAAGCUUCACCUUCCCACCAUAUUUUCAAGUAUUAAAAAGAAAACUUACAUCUAGAAAAUAAAUGGGCAGUCUCCGUGUUUUGUUUUAAAUGUAAGCAGAAAUAUCAAGACUAUAUUGUUAAAUUAAUGGUUAAAAUGUAUUUUGAAGUCGUUUUAAAAGUUUACCUCUUUUUUGGUGGGUGGAGUAAAUGCUGUGGAUGUAAGUAAUGUGUUCAUGACAAGACUGGGUUUUUUCUCUAACUAUUCAGAAAAAUAUUUACACAAGCUUUAUAUCAACUUAUUUGUAACAUUUAUAUUUCAUUUCAAGAAUGCUUGAAAGUACUGAUAAUUAUAGCUUUAUUUUUCUAGAACAUUUUGUAAAUAUUUCUAAGAAUUAAGGUACGGCAACCUAUUGCAAUUUACCAGAACUCUUGAUGGUUAAAAAAUACAUGCAUUUCAGGUAUGUGGGGAGGGUUUCUGGGGUUGAAACUCAUUCUUGCUCGAGCAAAUUUACUUCUUUUUUUCAAUGUAAACUUCACUCACUAUAAUCUAGACCCUCCCUUCUAAAAUCCCUGCAUGCACUCCUGUAUUUAAUUUUUUAAAUUCUGAAAUAAAGACUGCACUUCCUGAAUUAUUCUAGAUAUUAUUACAUUUAAACAGAAUACAACUAUACCCGAGCUAUAUAAUCUCCAGUAGGUAUAGGUAUGAACCAGUAUAGCCAAUCCCGGUACAAUGUAUAUAAUUGAGGACAUUUAUUAAACAAAAUUAUACACAUUAAUUUGAUAAAGAAUAGUUAAUGCAUUUUAGUUUAUUGGGAGUGAAUAAUAAACAAGUACAUAUAGUAUUGUAUGUAUUUAUCCUAUGACUUGCCAUAUUAACCCAUUUGAUAUUUUUCUUUAUUAACGGUGUUAAUUUUUUUUUGCUGUCAAUUGAUAAUUUGUUUACAAGCCAACAAGACUGGUGUACCUGAGGGUAAUGUUUUGAUAAGAUUUAGUUACCACGGCCGUAGCUAGCGGGGGGGCAAGGGGGGCAUUUGUCCCCCCAGAAAAAAUCCGGAAAGCAUUAUAGAAACUAAAAGAAAAAAAAUGUCUUGACUGUUUAAGGAGUUUUAGACUUAACUACUCCCCCCCCCCCCCCAAAAAAAAAAUCCUAGCUACGGCCCUGGUUACAGUGAAUGACGUCAAACUACAUUUGUGCUAAACACGGUGUCAUAUUACCAAUUGAGGCUACUUUAGAAUUGUGACAAAUCCUCUAUUUUAGUAGCUUGAAUAUUCAUGGUUUAUUAUUUUUUAUUAUUAUUAUUAUUGUUAUUAUUUAAAGGAACGGUAAAAAUGUUUAGCAAUAAUGGCUUUCAAAUUGAAAUCGGAUACAGAAUUCAGCUGAUGCGCCAUUUCUCAGUGUACAGUAAGUAACAGGAGAUUUACAAUACAAAAUGAAAUGUGUAACUGCCACGUUGAAAAUUGCUUGUACAAGCAGUAGUACCAAAUUGCUAAACUUUUUCAUCUUUUUAUUGUAUAUACUUCCGGUUGUGUUUCAGUUUGUAUAAAAUGUUAACAAGUUGUAUUUUACGCCAUUUAAACUAUUUUGUUAUUGCAUUGCUUAAUAAAGAAAUAGAAAUUUAAUAACACAAAUUUUUAAUUUACAUUUUUAUGAAUGUGCCUUAUGUUUAACAAAAUUUUUAAAUGCUUACUAACCUAGUUUCCUUCAACAGCACAUGGAAACUAACCUGUGCUGGGUUUACAACUACACAAUUGAAAUAAAACAUUCCUGUACAGUAAAAA